CCGCCGCUUCCGCGCACAACAUGGCGGCGCGGGCGGGCCGGGGCGGCGGGUUGUGAGGGGCGCGGAGGGCGGGCUGCCCCGGGGCCCGCCGCGGCCGCCAUGACCUACACGGCGGAGCAGCUGGACGGCGUGCGGCGGAUAAAGCGGUGUCGGAACUACUACGAAAUUCUGGGGGUGGAGAGGGACGCCAGCGAGGAGGACCUGAAGAAAGCCUACCGCAAACUGGCCCUGAAAUUUCACCCGGAUAAGAACCGCGCUCCCGGAGCAACGGAAGCUUUUAAAGCAAUAGGCAAUGCUUUUGCAGUUCUGAGCAACCCUGAAAAACGAUUACGAUACGAUGAACUUGGAAGUGACCAAGAGCAUGUCAGCACUGGUCAGGCCAGGCAUUAUAAUUACUACACAGAAUUUGAAGCAGACAUUACACCAGAAGAAAUAUUCAAUGUGUUUUUUGGUGGGCACUUUCCUACAGGAAAUAUCCAUAUGUUCUCCAAUGUAGCCAGAGAUGCGCACUAUUAUCCACGGAGGCACCGAAAUGAAAGAGCAUGGACACAGGAGCAAGAGGAGGAAGAAAACAGGCCACAGAAUUCAUAUUCUGCAUUUAUUCAGUUGAUGCCAGUUUUCAUAAUAAUAAUAGUGUCAGUUAUAACUCAGCUGAUGGCCACAAACCCGCCCUACAGCCUAUUCUACAAAUCGUCCAUAGGCCACGUUAUUAGUAGAGAAACAGAGAACUUGCAGGUGCCUUACUAUGUUGAUAAAAACUUUGAAAGGAAUUAUCAAGGAGCAGACCUUAAAGAGCUAGAGAAAACUGUUGAAAAAGAUUACAUAGACUAUAUUCAGACCAGCUGCUGGAAGGAGAAACAGCAAAAGUCUGAUUUGUCAAAUUUGGCCAAGCUAUACAGAGAUGAGCGGUUAAAACAGAAAGCAGAAUCACUGAAACUUGAGCACUGUGAGAAGCUCUCCAGUCUGAUUGGAAUGCACAAAGGGGGCUGACCAGGGCACACACAUUCUGUAGUUUUAUUUAUUGCUGGUUUAACUUAUGUUUUUAUUUUCCUUUGUAUAAAAAGGGAAGGAGACUGUUGUAAAGAGUCUGAAUAUUGGAGUCCUUCUGCAUAUAGUGCAGAGAUGGGCCAACACAAGCUGCAGAGCUAGUGUUUGCUAUAAUACAUACUCUACACAAUAUUUGGUUCUAAGGACCAGUGGCGCUUUGUAAAUUAAUUCCCUGGGAAACGCUAUUAGUUUGGAACCUGUCUUCAUCGGUAUUUUGUCUGCCAUCCAAACAGUAUAUACUUCCCAAGAGAGCAGACAAAUGUCUUAGCUUUCUGUAUUUUAUAUGGACCUGCAGUUCACUCAAUCAUACGAACAGCGUAGUUCUCAGUAUUAAGUGCGCUAGCCUUCUCGUACUGAUACCAAGUGGAUGUCCUUGCUUCUACAGUGGUUUUGUAAUGAGAACUUAGAUGGAAGGCGGCAUGUUUCCUGUUCAAGUGUAAUAUGCAAUGCUUAAUUCAGAAGAGUCAAGUACCUGCUUCAGGUGAGCACUUGAGCAGGCUCCCAGCUCUCCCUGCUGUCAAAGGGACGUAACCCCGUGCUUGUCUGACCAGAGAGGGCACGCUGAGAUGCCAACAGCAACAUCGAACAAGAAGAUGGGAGUCUGUGAAUUGCACCAAUUCUGAUGUCUGCCAAACUGUAGAGAAAGGACAACUGCAUUUAUUUUCUCAUAUGUUUUCAGUGGCAUACUUUUAAGCUGGCUGUCUAAUUCUGAUUUUUAUCUGCAAACUCUUCUCCAGCUGUUACAGGGGUCCUGCUUUUUCUGGUACAGUUUUGAUGUAGCAUAUUUUUACUCUGUUGAGCAGUUAUGAAUGUUUCACUGUAGAGAUUAGUAUUGCAAAGAAAAAGAUCCAUGUA